CAGCCCAACACAGUGAGCACAAAAAGAUAAACAAUUUGUACUCGACAUCUCCUGUGACAGGAGAUUGAAAAGGAUAGCUUUAGAUAUUAACUGUCUCAUAUUGACGCUAUCGAUACAUAGUUUCUGUGCAUUUCACCUUGAUUAGGAACGAAAAUAAGAAACGAGAGAAAUGUUGCGAACAAUCCUGUCGCGGGGUGUGCCCGCAUACUCCUUGAGGGUACCGGUGGCGACUUCUGCGAUUCGACAUGCUCAAACCACGACACGGGGGGAGCAAUCGGACAGGGAGAUGACGAUGCCUUUCGAGGAGUACCGCCAACUAAAGAAGAGUUUAAAGACAAGAGGUCGUAUUUUUGGAGUGCCAACUGGAUUCGGCUCAAUGUUUGGAACAUCGUUUGCUAUUCUGUCGGCGAAUCCAAAUAUAAUGGAGCCGCCAGCCAAUGUAGCUGACAUACAGCUGAUUAUGGGCAUGGACCCAAUGGUGGCCACCGUUCUGGCGACGAGUGUGAUGGGAGGAGUUGGCUAUGUAAUGGGCGGUGCUAUGUACGGACUUGUAUGGAGGUUAAUCAAUGGCCACAAGGCCAGGCAAAUAAGCUUGAGGGACGAAGACUUCUUAAACCGACUUGAUAAAUACCGAUUCUCGGACGAUCAGAAACAAGAGGACGAUUAUUACGGUGACAAAAUUAUAACGGUUGCCGAUUACCGGGCGUGGCUCAAAGACCAAAAUAAGAAGGCCAACAAGAACAUGCUGGACUUCCAAUGGCAUAAGAAGCCAGCGUUUAUGUGAGGCUGACGGCCACAUCCAAGUAGUUACAGCAAAUAAAUAAUCAAGAAUUUGCUGCACUUCCAAUGGCUUAAGAAGCCAGCAUUUAUGUGAGGCUGAUGGCCACAUCCAAGUAGAUACAGCAGACAAAUAAACAAGAAUAUGCUGGACUCCCAAUGGCAUAAGAAGCCAGCGUU